AUUGGAAACAUAUUGAAAUGUCUUACCUGUUUUAUUUUUUGUAAAAAAAUCAAUUGUGACGGAUUAAAGUAGGAACGGAACGUUUUGUCUACAUUACAUUACACAAACAUGGCGGACGAAGUAGAAAAAGCUCAAUCUGCCGUUGCCGGUGGCGAUACUAUUUUUGGGAAAAUUCUAAGGAAGGAAAUACCAGCAAAGUUCGUUUACGAAGACGACGAGUGCGUAGCAUUCCAUGAUGUGAAUCCACAAGCGCCCACGCACAUACUGGUCAUCCCUCGAAAACCGAUCCCCCAGCUAUCGAAAGCUGAUGACGCAGAUGAGAAACUGCUAGGACACCUGCUUAUUGCCGCUCGCAAAGUCGCCGCGCAAGCAGGUCUAGACAAGAGCGGUUUCAGGCUUGUCAUCAAUGACGGCAAAGACGGGGCGCAAAGCGUGUAUCAUUUGCACAUUCAUGUGAUCGGAGGUCGCCAGCUGAAAUGGCCCCCUGGCUAAUUUGUUAAUACUGAAUUAAUAUAAUGAUAGUUAUUUAAAUUU